GAGCUGUUUCGGCUUCCUUUAGAGAGGAUUAGAGAAGAAGAGGCUGUGUGUGAGGAGAAUUUCAGAGAUAGCGGUGAGACAGACGAAGCCGCAGAGCCCCAGACAGAAAGUAGGAGCUAAAAAAGGAGGCUUCUGAGGAAAGUGUGUGUGUGUUUUUUUUUUUAGAAAUAUCUCUUCACAGGCGUUAUUUUUGUAUUCAUAUGUCACCUGGACUAUGGACUGUCUGGUCCACUGGUUGACUGACUAACAGGCUGAGAGAUAGCUCAUCAGCUUCCCUGGAUUUCGCUGACGACCCCACUUUGUUUUGCCUGAAGAUGGAAACACUGGAGUCGGAGCUGACCUGUCCAAUUUGUCUGGAGCUCUUUGAGGACCCACUGCUCUUGCCCUGCGCUCACAGCCUUUGUUUCAACUGUGCCCAUCGUAUCCUGGUGUCACACUGCACGCCCAGCGAGCCAAUUCAGUCCAUCAGCGCCUUUCAGUGCCCCACCUGUCGCUAUGUCAUCAGCCUCAACCAGAGGGGCUUAGAGGGACUCAAACGCAACGUUACGCUACAGAACAUCAUUGACCGCUACCAGAAGGCCUCUCUCAGUGGACCUAACUCUCCUAACGAGACCCGGCGUGAGCGAGCCGUGUCCGACAGCGCAGCCAUGACUUCUCCUGGCGACCGGGUGCAGUGUCAGUUCUGUGAGCAGGACCCUCCACAGGACGCCGUGAAGACCUGCGUCACCUGCGAGGUGUCAUACUGCGACGAGUGUCUCAAGGCCACCCACCCCAACAAGAAGCCUUUCACGGGCCACCGUCUAAUCGAGCCCUUGCUGGAUUCCCAUCUGCGUGGCCUCAUGUGUCUGGAGCACGAGGACGAGAAGGUCAACAUGUACUGUGUGACAGAUGAACAGUUGAUCUGUGCAUUGUGUAAGCUUGUUGGCCGACACCGCGACCACCAAGUGGCAGCCCUCGGUGACCGAUAUGACAAACUCAAGAAAUCUCCUGGCCGCUUUCUCUGUGUGGGGCGUGAUCGUUCACACCAGGAGGCCGACCAGCAAGCCUUGGAUUCCAACCUAGGCAGUCUAAUCAAGAGGACCAGUGAUUUGGAAAGUCUGAUGGGCAAACUUAUCCAAACCUGCCAACAUGUGGAGGUAAACGCAUCGCGACAGGAAAACAAGCUGCUCGAGGAGUGUGACCUUCUGAUUAAUAUCAUACAGCAGCGGAGACAAAUCAUAGCGACCAAGAUAAAGGAGGGAAAGGCUAUGCGGCUAAGGAAACUAGCCCAGCAGAUAGCCAGCUGCAAACAGUGCAUCGAGAGAUCGUCCUCCCUCAUCACUCAGGCCGACGUAGCUCUCAAAGAGACAGACCAGACACGUUUCCUCCAAACGGCUAAAAGUAUCUGUGAGAGAGUGUCAAUGGCAACAGCAUCCUCUCAAAUCCUGUUACCAGAAAUUAACUUGAACGACACCUUUGAUACGUUUGCUCUGGAUUUCACAAGAGAGAAGAAAAUGUUAGAAAGCUUGGAUUACCUCACAGCACCAAAUCCACCAGUGAUCCGCGAGGAAUUAUGCACGGCUUCAUAUGACACAAUCACAGUUCACUGGACAUCAGAAGACGAAUUCUCUGUCGUAUCAUAUGAACUUCAGUACGCCAUCUUCACCAGCCAAUCUAACGUAGUCAGUCUGUGUAACUCUGCUGACAGCUGGAUGAUUGUACCAAACAUCAAGCAGAAUCACUACACUGUGCACGGGCUCCAGUGUGGCACCAAGUACAUUUUCAUUGUGAAGGCCAUAAACCAGGCGGGAAACCGCAGCAGUGAACCAGGGAAACUCAAGACUAACAGUCAGCCAUUUAAGUUGGACCCAAAGUCAGCUCACCGAAAGCUCAGGGUGUCCCAUGACAAUCUGACAGUAGAGAGGGACGAGACGUCUUCCAAGAAGAGCCACAGUCAGGACCGCUUCUCCAGCCACAGCAGCUACGGGGUCACAGGGAACGUCUACAUUGACAGCGGCCGCCAUUACUGGGAAGCUCUUAUAGGAGGAAGCACAUGGUUUGCGGUGGGCAUUGCAUACAAGUCAGCACCAAAACACGAGUGGGUCGGCAAAAACUCAGCGUCCUGGGUGCUGUCUCGAUGCAACAACUCGUGGGUGGUGCGUCACAACUGCAAGGAGAUGCCCAUUGAGCCAUCGCCCCACCUGCGGCGUCUUGGAAUACUGUUGGACUAUGACUCUGGAUAUCUGUCCUUCUACGAUGCCGUCGGCUCUCAGCACUUGUAUACGUUUGACAUUGCCUUUGCUCAGCCAGUCUGCCCUGUGUUUAACGUGUGGAACAGGUGUUUAACAGUCCUCACUGGGCUGCCCAUCCCUGAUCACUUAGAGGGAACAGACUACAACAACUGACCAGACCUUUGGCAAUGGGCUUUGUUUGUUGACCCAAAAAGAGACCAGACUGCACCUUUACUGUGAUGCCCACACACUGUUGACAAAAUGAAACAGUAACUGAACAACAUGCAAUAAAUGGCCCAGCGGGUAUUUCUAAUCAGGCGUAUGAUGAAAUUAAUUGGAUUUAUUGAAGAAAUUAUUUACAAGCAUCUGUUGAUGUUUUUCUUUGCUUUGCACAUUUAUGUACAUUACACUGCUGGAUGGUUUUAAGGGUUUGCUUUCAGUUUUGAGUUAUUUUUUUAAAUAGUCUUCAUAUUUUGAUUAACUUCUAAAUUCAUAUUUCAGGCAUGCUAGGGUCAUGAUAAAACUUAAAGUGACAAGCGGACUCUCUGACUUUAAUGUUUCUGGAAGGUUGUAUUAUAGGUUAUUUUAAAUGUUUUUGAAGAUUUUUUUUUUUUUUUAAAUCAUAGCACUUUGAGAAAUUGUCACUAUAUAUGAUUUUUUAAGCCACUUGUACCAUAAUGCAAAUGUUUCCUGUUUCGUAAAGGAAAAGCACUUGAAUAGAUCCAAUAACAAUAGUUAACAACAGUUUCACUUCAGUCAGUUCAGCAAUGUUCAAGUAUUUAUUAUCUGUAAAAUUCUUGAGUAUAGUUCAGCAUUAUGGGAUUAUUCAUCUCCUCAUUGUACCAAGAGCUCUUCACCAUUUUCACAUUUAAAUUUCACUCUGACAAGAUGUAAUAAAAAUGUCGUCUUUUGAUUAUC